AUGGGUAGAUUCGUACACCUCACAACGGGAAAGGCCCAUGGCAGGGCAGCCAUCGCAGAGUUUGGAACACUCCAGCUCGAGUUUGAGUAUCUGUCUGACAUUACGGGUGAUAGGACGUACCGAGAUAUAGUAUAUAUCAUCAGGGAUACGAUGAAUGCCGCCAAAACCGAUAAUUUCUACGGUGCCAACUUCGUCGCCGGAGCUAAGAAGCCCUUCACUGGUAAGGUCACUAUGGGAGGAGAGGUGGACAGCUUCUACGAGUACCUCCUCAAGGGUUGGAUCUUAGGCGGACGCGUGGAUGAGGUACAAGAAAAAAUGUACUACGACAUGGCAGAUGCAUUCAUGGACCACAACUGGGUCAACAAAACGUCCGUCGGCGGAUUCUCUUAUUUGAAAGAGAAUGCGACGACCAACAAUCUGGAGCAUCUGGCGUGUUUCGCUGGGGGAAUGUAUGGGCUUGGGGCGCAGUACACCACAGGUGAUCGCGUGAAGCAAAAUAGCAGGUAUAUGGACGUAGCUGAACAGAUGACACGCACAUGCCACCAGGGCUACAUCAAUACGAAGACGGGCUUGGCGGGAGAGAAAUGGACCAUGGAUACCAAAACGGGAAAUCCACUCAAACCGAGUAAAGGUGGCCUGGAAUAUAUCCUGAGACCCGAAACGAUCGAAAGCUACGUGUACAUGUAUAGGUAUACCAAGGACGAGAAGUAUAGAGAAUGGGGCCUGGAGUAUAUUGAAGCUUUAAACACGCAUGCCAAGGUUGAAUUCGGAUACGAUUCGGUCAAGAAUGUCUGGACGGAUAGAAGAGAGUUUAUGGACAACACACCGUCCUUCUUCUUUGCGGAGACGCUGAAGUACUUGUAUCUGCUGUACUCGGACGAUGACACAAUCGGGUUCAACGAUUUUGUGUUCAAUACUGAAGCACACCCGAUUCCCAUUAAAGGUCGACCCUCGCGAGAUACUCCGAGAUAUUCAGGAUUUUCCGUGACACCGCCGAUUAAGUUCGGGCAGCGCGCGCAUAGUCAAGAGGCGCCUGAUGUAGAACAGGCUGCGAAUGUGAACGUGAAUCAUUUUAAGCCCAAAAACAAAGUAGACCUAGUCCAAGGUGACCGUCAAGUAAAACAAGAAGAUGUAUUCAACGAUGAGCCUAUUCCUGAAGGAGUGAACGAUGCGGCAAAACAAGUGAAAAGAGCUCAAUUAAGGGCGCAAGCAGAAGCUGAGGCCCAGAAUAAUCAGGCACAACCUCCCCGGGCGGCUGUUGUUCUGAAAUGGGAUAAACCGGCUCAAGAAGAGGAAAAAUUGGCAGAUAAUGACGAUGAAGGAGUGGACAAGGAGGAUGCCAAAGAAGGGGAUUUGGCGAAUGGAGAUAUUGCUGAUGGCGAACAGGAUGAUAACAUUGCUGUCCAGAAUGCGGGCUUAAAUAAGGAAGGAUAUGCCGACAAAAACGGUGAUGAAGUAGUUGACAACGAUGUCGGAGGUGUACAAAAGGACUUUGAGGCCGAUGAAGACCUGACGAAUGAAGACGUGUAUGCAUUGAAUAAGGAAAUAGAACAGUUGAGGAAAGAUGUCAAGAAAUUAUAG